AUGGCUUUCAAUCUUAAUACAAGUUACAAUUAUUCUUUUUGCUUAAGUCGAAAACGAUGUUUUUUAAUGCUUUUAUUAUUUAAUUCUACUAUUGCUUAUAUUUAUUAUAUAUAUGACCACAAUCAAUCUCAACAAAUAGAAAAUAUUCCAAUAAAUUCACAACAUGUUCAUAUUAAUAUUAAACAAAAACAAUAUCCAAUAAAAACCACUAAAGCUAUUGACUUUAUUCGAAAUGUACUCAAAAAUGAAUAUGAUCAUGAUGAUUUAAAAAUUUUUUAUAAUUUUGUUCAAAAAGAAUUUUCAUUAGGUUUACGAUGUACAAGAAAAAUAGAUCAACCUGAAACCACAAUUAAAUACAAUUAUACCAUUGAUAAACAAAUCAAUGAUAAUAUUACUACGAUUAGAUCAUUAUCUACAACAAUACCUUCACAAAUCGAUCAAUCACAUAUUUUUUUAUCUCGUCGUAAUCCACGUAUGACUCUUCAUUCAUUUUCAAUAGAUAAUUCUGAUGCAUGUUUAAAUGAAUCUAUUGAUUUACUUAUAAUAAUUAUAUCGAAAUCAGAUAAUUAUAAAACUCGUGAUGCUAUUCGUCGAACAUGGGGAUCAGGUGAAAAUCUUGGUAAUUAUUCAUUAAUAAAUAUAAAAUUAUUUUUUCUUAUUGAUUUCGAUGAAAAAUUAAGUUCAAAUAUACGUCUUGAAAAUAAUCUAUUUCAUGAUAUAAUACAAGUUGAAUUACCACCACAAUAUACAUUAGUUACAUAUCGUGUUUUAUCUAUAUUUGAAUGGUCAUUUCGUUAUUGUCGUCGAGCAAAAUUUUUAUUUAAAACUGAUGAUGAUAUAUUUAUUAAUUUAAUUUUACUUUUAAAAUUUAUUUCACCAUUACUUGAACAAAAUGUAAAUAAUUCAUUUCGUAUAUCGGAUAUGGAUAUAUAUGGUUAUAAACAUUAUCAUCCAGGAGUUUUUCGUCAAUCAAAUGAUCAUGUUGGAGCUCGUUAUGUUGUUACUACGGAUGAAUUUCCAUGUACACAUUAUCCGGAUUUUUUAUCGGGUUUUGGUUAUUUAAUACCGAAAAAAGCACGCGAUGCUCUAAUCUAUGCAUCUUAUCAAGAUCCAAAUAGACCAUUUAGAAUUUCCGAUGUUUAUUUAACAGGCAUUCUACCAGAUUAUUUAUCUCUACGACGUCAACCAAUGUCCGAUUAUACAAUUCGUUAUCAAGGUAGUUGUGAAAAUUUCUUUGAAAAUCCAAAAUCAUUUGCUUGCGCUGCUGGUUUACAUCAUGGAGAUACUAGUGAUGUUUUUAGUACAUUUAAUCGUUAUUGGCAAUCUGUAAAAAAAUCUCUUUAG